AUGUCUGUCGCCUGUUGCUGCUUGUGGGGAACACAAGCUGAACUGAUAUCGUUUGACUAACAAACGCUGUGUUAUAUAGUCGAGAAUCACCUCCUACUUUUCCUAGUUGACGUUUAAAACUUACAUUCUAUUCAAAGAAACCGUGUAACGUUCUAAUGUAAUAAUAAUUUAAAAACAACUAAGUUAUUUUGCAGUAAUAGUAAUUAUAAUAUAUAAUGUAUGUAUUGGUGUUGGCCGUUACCUGAAAUAACCAUUUAAAAAAAUAGCUAGGUAAAAUUUUGGGCGUUGUCCGAAUAAAAACUAGUAUUAAUAGAAGGUUGUAUUAAAGCCGCUGGCGGAAUAAAACUGAUAUUAAUAAGAGGUCAAAUUAAGGGCGUUGGCUGGUUUAAUAAACAUUGUUAUGGAUAUUCUACAUUUCUAUGUUACUAUAGUAGUGGAAACAUUACAGUAUAUAAGGCUAGCGUAUCGACAGCAAUAUCACAGUCAACAUCCAGCAACUUCUGCGUAUCGACAGCAAUAUCACAGUCAACAUCCAGCAACUUCUUCAUUAACUCAACAAUUUCAAGAUGUCGUACAGAACUUCUACUGUUGAUUCUGGAUCAGAGAACGACUUUGAAGGAUUCGUAGACAUGAAAAUGAAGCCUUCGACUUCGAAACAAACUAAGACGGCUUACAAAAGAGGAGCUGAAAAAGCGAUUGAUAAGAAAAAUAACAAAAAAAAUAAACAGGCAAAAACAAGUUCAUCUUACAGAGAAAUGUUAGAAGAGAAGUUGCGGGCGGAAGAUUAUGACGAAGAAAUCUUCAACACAAUUACAUUCAGGCAGGGAGAUGGUUUGGCCACCAUAAAAAGCCAGUUCAAUCCGGACGACAAACCGACGGACUAUUGGACUAUUACGCACUACAAGUGUAAAAAUAUAAACAAUGUACCUACGAAAGAGAGGUGGCGUCACUCUGAGGCAACUGUUAAAAUAACUACUUCUGAUAAGUCGAAAGACCAGGCGGUCAAUAACAGUUUGAAUGAGACCAUGCAGGUCAUCUUCGAUGUAAUAUUGAAAGACCCUGAACGUCGAACUAUCAGAAGUAAAUUAGCUGUAUGAUAAUAAUUGGUGUAAUAUAAAAUAAACAAUAUAUAUAUAUAAAAAUAAUUUGUAAUUUAAUAAAUAAAAAAAUAUAUAAAUAUAAAUGAAUUUGUAUUAUAUCAUACUAUUAAGUCCUGUAAAAUCAUGUCAGACAUUGCGUUAAAAUGAAAUUGUAAUAUUUCAUACAAAAAUGAAGUGUCAUCGUUUUGUAGAUGAGAAUAAUAAUUAAAAUCAUAGUUUUGUA